AUGUCGUUUGCCAUUACUCUACUUGUUAAACUGGAGUCAGAUAUCCUUUUCGUGUUUUUGAAGGCCCAGACCGCACAUGGUCCCUACAUGGCGACGCAGUUCGGAGCAGGUUACAAUCAGCCAGGUUAUAACCAACCAUACAAUCAACAAGGAUAUAACCAGCCCUAUAACCAGCCUUAUAAUCAACCUUAUAAUCAGCCAUACAACCAGCAAUACAACAACCCAGCACCAGGGGGAUACAACCCAGCACCAGGGGGAUACAACACAGCACCAGGGGGAUACAACACAGCGCCAGUAUAUACAACUACCACUAUGCCCCCAACAUCAACCACACCAGGUACAACGGUAGAAACGGAAUUUGAAGCAGAGGAAACCACUGUGCCAGCAACCACAACAACAGCUGUUACUACUACUACUACACGUAAACCACCACCUAAACCUAAAAAACGACCACCGAUACGAAAUCGUGGCCAAUUUUCGCAGAAACAGGAGCAUCAACCGGAACCUAGACGAAACAAAUGGAUGAGGCCUCCAGGGGUACAGCAGAGUAUGAGACCACCAAGGGGGCAAAAUCGAAACUUCCGAAAUCAGAAUCAACUGCCGCGAAAGUACAUUCCCCCAAGUUUUCAGAGACCGGUUAAUGGGCGACAGAAUUCAUUUAAACCCCCUAAAAAUCAACCUUUUAAAGGCCAACAGUUCAUGAAUAAUGGACCACCUUUGAAAAACCAGCCUGUGACUUUUAACCAGCCUCCUUAUGGUGGUCCUGCAUACAAUUUCCAACCGCAGACUAGAGCCAAUACAAAUCAAUACCAACCACCGCCCCCCAUGCAAGCGCCCAUGCAACAACAGCAGCAGCAACCAAUAAGGCCACCAGUGCUACAGCAACAACCGCCUAUCCAGCAAAGAGCACCUGUUCAACAGCAACAAACAAUGACAAAAAUUGCAACCAUGAACCAGAAACCCCCUGUAUCACCAAACACUCCUCCAAUAGGAGUGAAAUCACCCAAAACAGUUGGAGAAAAAUGCCCGACAUAUCGCUACACUGUAGAUAAUAACUUUGUAGAGUUCCACACGGUGCCUGGUAACUGCAAGAUACAAGUGAUGUACCCUCCAGGCGGUAAUGGACCACCAAAAGUACAGUUUCUGGCGAAGGUUCCUUUGAAGUAAUUAUGGAGGAUGAAGAAAUCAGAUGUUUUCGAGGGCAACUUGUGACUGGUCAAUAGGUUUCACUUCGCUAUAUACUGGAUUAUAUAUACAUAUAUUUCCAAGGAAACCUAUCAUCUGUUUCAUGGUUCUGGUAGAGUCGAUAUCAUUGACUGGCAAAAGAUACGACAAAGUCGGUUUCCGAAAAUGACCUUUUUCGACUUAUUGUGCAAAUGGUGCGAAUGACAUUGUGUGUCGGAAUGAGUGUGGGUCCAAUCAUUUCUCAUCCGGUUCAUAUUUAUUUGAAUUAUUUCCGGUUCAGAAGAGGUAUUCCAUCUGUAGGCUUUCUAUAUACACGAUAAUUUACAGAACAUAUUGUAAGACAUACAUCAUUAUAUCACAUUGAAUGAACAUGAUUUUGGCUUCAGAAUGAUAUGAAAUUUAAUUUUCCGUACCCAAAUAUAAAACAAUAUUCAAUUCCA